CAAUCCUCAAUUUUUAAUUUUAAUCAGCCCCUUUGCGUUUUAUUGGCAUUGCUCACCUUACAAAACAUACAUUAUGUACAAUUGUCAACGUUACUACACUUGAUGCAUAAACAAUAUGUAUGGCAACGAAAACUGUGACACGAGAAUUUUAUAUAUUAGAUGUUUUGUACAGUGAGCAAUGCCAAGAAAACGCAAAGGGGCUGAUUUGAGCCGCAGUACAAGUAAAGCUCGAAACUUGCGAAAGAACAGAAGAACAAAUCCAGCAACAAAAUACUGAUGCACGUGUCAGAAUGGCGCAAUUGCAUCAAGAAGAGCCAGAAGAUACACGAGCUGAACGCAAUGAAGUCAGAAGAUUAGAACAACGACAAUCACGCCGCUUCACAGUCAAAAUACGAAGAACAAAUUACCAACAACGACAACAGGUACAUCGAGCAUUUAUAUCUGAUUCAUUCCCGCGUCUAGCAUUCCAGUAUGAGCCCGAUAUUGAAUAUUAUGCUCAUUCAAAAGUGGUAAUUGGUGCUAUGGACAAGGAAUGUCCGCAUUGUCAUGCUCUGAAAUUCAAAAAUGAGCCAGUUGGGAUGUGUUGCGCGUCAGGAAAAAUGCAACUACCUGAAAUUGAAACACCACCUGAACCAUUGAUCGGCUUACUCAUCGGCACGGAUCCAGAUUCUAACGAGUUCCAGAAGUCAAUUCGAAGAUUCAAUUCAUGCUUUCAAAUGACAUCGUUCGGGGCAACAGAAAUAGUUCGAAAUACUAAUGCAAAUGGUCAACAAUUCAAUUCUACAUUCAAAAUCAGAGGCCAAGUUUAUCAUAAAAUGGGCUCACUGCUGCCAAUGCCAAACGAACCACAUAAAUUCUUACAAAUAUACUUUAUGGGCGGCGAUGAUUCCGGAAGCGCACUUGACAAUCGCGUGAAUGCACGUUGUUAUUAUAAUAACCUUGAUUCACUUUAUGCCAGGCGCAUCAUCGGCGAGCUAGAUGCUCUUUUGAACGAGCACAACGAGUUGUUGAAAAUAUUCAAAUCACAAAUGCACCAAUUACAAAGCGAUAAUCACGCUAUCGUCAUUAAUCCUGAUAAAACACCAACUGGAGAGCAUUUUCGUAGAUUCAAUGCACCCGUUGUUGAUGAUGUUGCUGGAAUCAUGGUUGGCGAUUGUACAGCUGCACGAAAAAUUGUGAUUCGUAGAAGAAAUAAUAACUUUCAGUUCAUUGCUGACACACAUCGUUCAUAUGACGCUCUCCAAUAUCCGCUAAUAUUCUGGAAGGGACAAGACGGAUAUUGCAUAAACAUAAAACAACGAGAUCCCGUAUCAGGAGUUGAAACAAACAAGAACGUUAGCUCAAAGGAUUAUUAUGCGUACCGAUUAAUGAUUAAACGUGGCCUGGACAACGUCAUUUUACGAUGUCGUGAGCUUUGUCAACAAUUUAUGGUCGACAUGUACGCGAAGAUGGAGAGCGAACGACUACGAUACUUACGAUAUAAUCAACAAAAGCUGCGCGCGGAAGAGUACAUUAAUUUGCGAGACGCUAUCAACAACAAUGCCGACGUCGCCGAAAUUGGUAACCAUGUCAUUUUACCAUCAUCGUAGGCAGUCCACGUCAUUUGCAAUAAUAUAUACAGGAUGCUCUGACUUACUUUCGCGAAUAUGGACGACCAUGUUUAUUUUUCACGUUCACAUGUAAUCCAAAAUGGCCAGAGAUUACAUCUUUGCUACUGCCUGGCCAAAAUGCAAUACACCGCCAUGACAUUACAGCACGUGUGUUCAGACAAAAGUUGAAGUCUUUAAUAAGUUUCAUUACUAAAUCUCAUGUAUUUGGUCCCACACGUUGCUGGAUGUAUUCGGUUGAGUGGCAAAAGCGAGGAUUACCUCAUGCACACAUUUUGGUUUGGAUCAUCGACAAAAUCCGUCCUGAAGAAAUCGAUAGUAUCAUUUCUGCGGAAAUUCCAGAUCCAUCCAUCGACCAAUUGCUGUUUGAUAUUGUUACAACAAACAUGAUUCAUGGUCCAUGUGGUACUCGUAAUAGUUCAUCGCCUUGCAUGGCUGAUGGAAAAUGUACUAAAAAUUUAGGAAAUUAUUAAUAUGGCAAAACAACGUUUGCCGGGUCAGCUAGUAAUGUAUACAAAUAUUAAUAUAGACUCAGAAAACGAGAUAAUUAUUAUGGGACAUGAUGCUGAAUAUGAAGAUGAAUUCCAAGGUAUGAUAACGGAAGAAUACGAGGAUUGUUCGAACGUGGAACGGGUUCGCCGCCAAAAUCACGGACGCUCUAAGUCGAACAUGUCGAAGCUCCGAGUGACGCGUUCCCCUUCCGCAGUCCCGCGCCGCCUUCAACGGCCGGUGAGCCGGCUAUCGGCCACCGGGAAGCAUAUAAGCAUUCUGGGGUCUGUUUCGGCACCUGUGUUCAAAUACGCAUUCUCAUUGGUCGAUUUUAAAUUCCCGCCAAGUUUAAUAUCGCGUUUAAUAUUAAUAUGAUAAGACAAAUAUAUUACCAGAAUUGACAGUAGACAGUAGACAGGCAUAUAGACUUAUUA